UUUGUCACAUUGGAAUGGAAACAUCAGGUAGUUUCAGUACACUCAGUAGUUAGCCCCUUGUCACUUUUGUUCCAUUUUCUUUGUGAUUUCCAUGUGAUAAAUAUCUCUUUUUUUGCUUUCAGGAACAUAAAACAAUAAGACUACCUGUGUCACCACCAAGUGUGUAUUAUUAUAUUGGUUAGUGUCGUGUGUAUGCCACCACAAAUGAGUAUGGGUCAGAAAGUAUCAGGUGGGAUAAAGACCAUCUCCCGUGAACCAAACUAUAACAAUAAACUCCAGCGAGAGCUGGCGUACAAUCCAGAUUUCCAGAAGCCAGCGAGAUUAGACAUGCUUCUAGAUAUGCCUCCCGCUCCACGGGAAGUGCAACUACAACAUUCAUGGAACACAGAUGAUAGAUCUCUAAAUAUAUUUGUAAAAGAAGAUGAUAAGAUGACGUUCCAUAGGCACCCAGUUGCCCAAAGCACAGACUGUAUUCGUGGCCGUUAUGGCUUCACACGUGGCCUCCAUGUCUGGGAAGUACAUUGGAGUACAAGACAAAGAGGCACACAUGCUGUAGUUGGUGUAGGCACAAUAGAUGCUCCUUUACAUUGCGUCGGCUAUCAGUCCUUGGUUGGUAGUAAUAAAGAAUCUUGGGGUUGGGACCUCGGCCGCAAUAAGUUAUAUCAUGACGUGCAAACAACCCCAGGAAGAACUUAUCCAACAUUGUUGAAUCCUGAUGAGACAUUUGUCGUGCCAGACUCAUUUCGAAUAGUGCUUGAUAUGGAUGAAGGCACCAUGAGCUUUAUAGUAGAUGGACAAUUCCUGGGCAUUGCCUUCAGGGGGCUCAAAGGCAAGAAACUCUACCCUCUAGUUAGUGCGGUAUGGGGCCAUUGUGAAAUAACAAUGAGAUACAUUAAUGGCUUAGAUCCUGAACCCCUCCCUCUUAUGGACAUCAGUAGGCGGGUGAUCCGCAAGCAGCUCGGGAAAAAUCGCCUCCAUGAAAUACACAAUUUACCCUUGCCUACUUCUAUCAAGAACUAUCUGCUGUACCAAUGA